AUGGAUAAGUUUGACUGGAGAAAAACCAUCAACGUUAAUCUUGUAGUGUUGAGAUUCGUUGGACUGUGGCCCGCAGGUUAUGAAGUUUAUAAAAUGGACCUUUAUUUAUUAUAUUCCACAUUUACAAGCAUUACGAUUAUUGGUGGACACAACUUGUCGCAAAUUGUGAAUAUUUAUUACGUCUACGCCGACUUGGAAGCCUUAUCAGGAACGAUAUUUAUAGCAGCGACUAAUAUUUUCGCCGUAGUCAAGAGAUAUUUCUUCAUACGAAACCUCAAACUCAUCAAAAAAUUAUUCAUCACACUUAACACUUACCAGUUCCGACCUACAAUUUCUCGUCAUUUGCCACUGGUGAAUCGGUCUGUUAGAAGCUGGAAGACUGCGUAUUUUAGCUUCUGUCUCAUUGUUUAUUCGAAUGUGACUUUAUGGUCGAUUGUACCAAUUAUAAAUCAUUGGGUGAAAGACCACAAGCUACCUUUUGAAGCUUGGUAUCCUUUCAAGACAGAUUUGUCUCCAAAUUAUGAACUGGCCUACGUUUAUCAAUUGAUCUGUAUAUGGUUUAUAACCGUAAGUAAUCUGAAUCUGGACACCUUCAUCUACGCAUUUAUGAUGUUCAUCGGAAUUCAGUGUGAUAUAUUAAUAGAUGAUUUGAAGCACCUUGAAGACGAUAAGAAUUUCGGUCGGAAAUUAACCAACUGCAUUAAACAUCAUGAAGAAAUACUGAAGUUCGCCAAAAAUAGCAACGAUUUUUUCAAUUAUAUUAUUUUGGGGCAAAUUGCCACGAGUACAGCAGCAUUAGCAUUGGCUAUGUUUCAGUUAAGUUUGGUUGAUGUUUCCAGUGGGGUUGCAUAUACUCAUGUUGCUUACAUUUUUGGAAUGAGUGCCGAAAUAUUUUGGUACUGUUGGCUUGGAAAUGAAGUGGAACUUAAGAGUGCACAAAUCCCGUACGCGGUUUAUGAAUCUCAAUGGAUUGGUCAGUCAGAGUCGGCUAUUAGAAAUAUAAUAAUACUAUGUCAACGAUGUCAGAAGCCUAUUAAAAUAACAGCAAUUAAUUUAUUUACUCUUUCUCUACACACUUUUAUUGGGAUUUUGCGAUCCGCUUGGUCCUAUUUUGCAGUGCUGUCAACUGUUAACAAUAAAUAA